AGACCAAGAGAGACAUAGAGACACAGGGGCCCAGGGAGGCAGAGGCAGAGAGCGAGCCAGAGAGAGAAAGGAAACAGACAAACGGGCACAGAGAGCCAGAGAUCCUUAGAGAGGGAGACAGAAGAGGUGGAAAGAGACAAAGGCAGGUAGGAGGGAAAAACAGACAGAGGAAGACAAAUGGAGACAGAAAGAUGGACCCAGAGGCUUCCAGAGCAGGGGAGACUAAGAGAGGAGGCCCUCAGAACCGGGAGGAGAGGCGCAGAGAGACCGGUGCCAGGCCACAGAGGCGGCGGGUGGCAGGGGUGCCAGGCGCAGCCUUGAGAGUGCCCAGCGGCAGCGUUUUCUCUGAGCGACACUCGUGUGGCGUCUGGGUGCGCCCGGAUGUGCCUGUCACUCUCCUGCUGUGUCUUACCCCGCGCGGGAACCCCACGUGUGCCACGGAGCCGGGUGCCGGCGCAGGUUGUGUUUUUGUCACUGGGCGUGUCUGUGUGUGCGGUUUGGUGUCCCUGGGUGUGUCUGUGUGGGCUGUGUUGGUGUGUUGCCAGGCCUGUCUGUGCGUGUCUCAUUUCCCAAUAGCUGGCGGGUCCAUGUUCCUGCAUGGCAUGUGACACGGGAGGGUAAAGGGGUGAUGUCUGUGUGUUCCCCCAAGAGUGGCUGUGUCAUGAGGUCGGUAUGUAACGCUGUGCGAGGUCUUGUGCCACACCAGUGUGUCCUCUGUGUUGCUAUAGGAGGGUUUUGAUCUGCGUCUAACGGAACGGUGUCACUUCUGUGAUGUGGCACGUAGUCAUACCUUACACUCUGGGAUCCCCGUCACCGUGCAUCGCCCUGCGUUGCAUUUGCUGUUGUGCGUCAGUGUGUGUUGUGUCUCUUUCUGGGCACUGUGUGUGUAGAGUCGUGUACCAUUCAGUGAUAUGACCCUAUGUCUCACGUUGAGGCGUAUGUUCACGUUGGGGGCCUCUCCUUUUUCCGCCAACAACACAGCCCGGGGACCCACACUCAGAGUGUGUUGUGUUUGUGCAGUUGUGUAUUACAUUGUGCUGGAGGGUGUCCCCGGUGUCGUGUGGGGUGUUGUAUUGGCUGUGUCAGUGGGUCACAUCUGCUGUUUCAUGUGGUGUUUGUCAAAGGUGGUGCUGGGAAAUGUUACGUCACUGUGUUUGUGUAUUUCUCUGUACGUGUCGUGUUUGUGUGGCCAUGCGAGCCGGCCAUGUGUGGCUGCUGCAUGUGGUGCUCAGGUGUGGCUUUUCAGUGCCUUUGCAUGGUGCACGUUUUACUUGUGCGCACACUGCAUCUGGGCAUCGGGGUCCACGUGGCCUGCGUCCCCUCCUCACCCUGCCCCCCAGGGCACCAUUCUGGGCUGUGUCCUGUGCGAUGUGCCAGAAUGUACCAUCGUGUCUUACUCUGGGCGUGCGCUGCUUGGGAUUGUGUGUGUGCCGCUGCCUGUGCCCGUUCACACUGUCCUCUGACCACACCUGGAAUGGCACUGUGUACCGGGGUGUGUGGUGUCAGGGUGAAUCUCUGUGUGUUGUGAAUUGUUCUAUGAGAAUGUAUGUUCCAGUCACCGUGUGCAUGAUGUAUGUCUGUGUGCAUCUCUCCGUGUGCUGGGUGACUGGGGACUGCUCUGGGUGUGUCCGCGUGUGUCAGGUGUCAUUCCAUAGGUGUGUAAUGUUUGGGACUCCGUGAGUGCUUUGUUUACGUAGAUAUGUUUUGUGUGGCAGUCGGGCAUUGCUAUGUCAAACAUAUUGUGUGUUUGUGGAACACAGGAUGUGUUGUGCUCGUGUAGCUAUGGAUGUGCAUCGCCCGUUGUGUGGCAUCUGGGUGUGGUUGUUUGUGUCAGAGAUUGUUGUGCCCGUUUUGACUGCAAUAUUUGUGCCUAUGCGUGGGCAAUAUUUGGUGGCCAUGUGUGCCACGAGGCACCGCCUGCCUUGCUGAGUGCCGGCGUGUGUGUCACAUCAUAUGUGUGGUGUCUGGGUGUGGCUGUGGGUUUCAGAGCUUGUCGGGAGUUGUGAGUCACCCAGUGUAGGUUGUGUUGUGUGCCCAUGUGUAUUAGGUCCUGUCUCCGGCCAUGCUGUGUGUGAGGGUGUCCCGUGGUGUAUGGGUGUGGCUGAGGGUAGGUGUGUAUUAUACAAUGCAGACCGUUGUGUGUGACCAUUGUCAGUGUGUCUUUAUCCACGUGGAUGCAUGCCUCUUCCUUGCUCUGCCCCAAGACACACCCCAGCCCCUCCUUAGUCUGAGAAGGGGGGGUUGGGGAGCCUCCCCUCUGCCCAGGGGCCUCCCCAGCCCCUCCCUGCCCUGCCCAGCCGUCACCACCCCCCAGAGGGCACAGGCUCUGCUGUGCCUCAAAGCAAGAGCCCCAGAGCAAGUGAGCAGAGCAGGCCAACGACCUGCAAGACACAAUGGCUGCUCUUUGCGUGCUGCGAGGUGGGGAACCCUGGGCAGGAAGCUGGCUGAGCCCCAAGACCUCGGGGGCCACGGGCGGGAAGCUGGUGACGGGCCUGGGGGCCCUGCGGCAGCGAAAGCGCCUGCUGGAGCAGGAGAGGUGGCUGGCUGGCUGGGCGCUGACGCUGGCGGUCAUUGGCAUCGGGCUCAUGGUACUGCACGCGGAGAUGCUGUGGUUCGGGGGCUGCCCGUGGGCGCUCUACCUGUUCCUGGUUAAAUGCGUCAUCAGUGUUUCCACCAUCUUCCUCCUCUGCCUCAUCGUGGCCUUUCACGCCAAAGAGGUCCAGCUGUUCAUGACCGACAACGGGCUCCAGGACUGGCGCGUGGCGCUGACCCGGCGGCAGGUGGCGCAGAUCUUGCUGGAGCUGGCGGUGUGCGGGCUGCACCCGGCGCCUGUGCGGGGCCCGCCCUGCGUGCUGGGUACCCGGUCUCCGUCGAUGGCGACGCAGUCCUGGCCGGGGUUCCUGAGCCAGGGCGAGGCGCUGCUGUCACUGGCCAUGCUGCUGCGCCUCUACCUAGUGCCCCGCGCCGUGCUCCUGCGCAGCGGCGUCCUGCUCAACGUGUCCUACCGCAGCAUCGGCGCCCUCAACCAGGUCCGCUUCCGCCACUGGUUCGUGGCCAAGCUGUACAUGAACACGCACCCCGGCCGCCUGCUGCUCUGCCUCACGCUCGGCCUCUGGCUCACCACCGCCUGGGUGCUGUCGGUGGCAGAGAGGCAGGCCGUUAAUGCCACUGGACACCUUUCGGACACACUGUGGCUGAUCCCCAUCACAUUCCUGACCAUCGGCUACGGGGAUGUGGUGCCGGGCACCAUGUGGGGCAAGAUUGUCUGCCUCUGCACUGGGGUCAUGGGGGUCUGCUGCACAGCCCUGCUGGUGGCUGUAGUGGCUCGGAAGCUGGAGUUUAAUAAAGCAGAGAAGCAUGUGCACAACUUCAUGAUGGACAUCCAGUAUGCCAAAGAGAUGAAAGAAUCAGCUGCCAGAGUGCUACAAGAGUCCUGGAUGUUCUAUAAACACACACGCAAGAAGGAUGCUACAGCUGCCCGCAGGCACCAACGCAAGCUGCUGGCCGCUAUCAACACGUUCCGCCAGGUGCGGCUGAAACACAGAAAGCUCCGGGAACAAGUGAACUCCAUGGUGGACAUCUCCAAGAUGCACAUGAUCCUGUGCGACUUGCAACUGGGUUUGAAUAGCUCACACCAGGCCUUGGAGAAGCGGAUUGACGCACUGGCAGGGAAGUUGGACACCCUGAUGGAGCUGCUCAGCACUGCCCUGGGGCCACAGCAGCCUCCAGAACUCAGCCAGGAGGCCACGUAGCUGGACCCGUGGAGGAAGAACCAGGCUACUUUCCCUGUGAUUGAGGUCAAGGACAUUCUCCCUGCUAUUCCUGACCCAACCCCAUGAAUAAAGCACCUCGGGUGCAAGGACCCAAGGGGGUCCCACCUUGGGGUCGGUUGACUUGCUGGGGCUGCUGGAGGGGACACUGGCUGAAGGAGGGAGGCUGUGGCCUAUCCCUGAGGCCCUAAAUGGGGAAAUGGUCACCAUUACCCCACAUACCCUCAAAAAACCCUCUUCGCUGUGCUGCUAUAGACGACCUCCAGCUUUCAGUUCCAAGUGGAGGUGCCUGGGGACCGGGACAGCUGAGGCCCAGAGGAGCAGGGGACUGGGAGCCCAGAGUCCAGGAUCCUGGGAUGCCUUGGUUACCGCUGGUCGGUGGAUCUGAAGGAACCAGGCCUGAGGCUGGGACGGGGCAGGAGGUGGCACCCCCUGGUGGGAAAGCAAGAGGACACCAUUUUUCCAGAGCUGCAGAGAACGUGGGGACAGAGUGAACCGGGUGGCGCAGCUCAUCAGCCUCUGCUCUUCUACUUUGUAAUAAACGUUAAAGACGAAGAAGUUGCUGUUUCUUAAUAAACAUAUCCACAUUCCAAACAG